AUGUCUGAAAUAGAAAAGAAGAAACUUCUCUGGCCUCCAUGGCUGAGCCCUUUGCUUCACACCAACUUCUUCUCUCCUUGCAGCUUCCACACUGGCUUGAGCAGGAAUGAGUGCAAUAUGUACUGUCUUGAUUGCACUAAUGGCGCCCUUUGCUCUUCUUGCCUCAUCAACCAUUAUGAUCAUAGAAUCAUUCAGAUAAGGAGAUCAUCAUAUCAUGAUGUGAUCCGAGUUGCAGAGAUUCAGAGCUUAGUUGACAUUUCUGGAAUUCAGACUUAUGUUAUAAAUGGAGCAAAGGUUGUAUUUUUGAACGAGAGAUUGCAGCCAAGGAUGGGGAAGGCAGUGGCAACAAAUGCUUGUAGAAACUGCAAAAGAAGCCUCCUCGAAGCCUUCGAUUUCUGCUCUUUGGGCUGUAAGUUGGCUGUAACCACUUCAUCUCCUUCUUCAAUAUCAAAACCUCUGAAGCUUCAUUCUGGUCCCAGAAAAGCUGGCAUUAAUGAGGAAUCAAAGUACUUCUUUUCCAAUAUUUCAUUUGAUUGCAUCUCACCAACAGCACAGACUCCAUUGAUUAAGAUGAAUCGAAUCAAACGAAGAAAGGGGAUUCCAAGGAGAGCUCCUAUGGGAGUUUAUUCAUGA